ACAGCCUCUUCAUUUUUCAGACCAGUCAUCAUGGUGAAGAGUGGCUUGGGCUGCUGGAUCCUGCUUCUCUUCAUGGCCACCUGGAGUGACGUGGGCCUCUGCAAAAAGCGACCGAAGCCCGGAGGAGGAUGGAACACUGGGGGGAGCCGAUACCCAGGGCAGGGGAGUCCUGGAGGCAACCGCUAUCCACCCCAAGGAGGUGGAGGCUGGGGACAGCCUCAUGGAGGUGGCUGGGGACAGCCCCAUGGUGGCGGUGGCUGGGGACAACCCCAUGGUGGUGGUGGCUGGGGUCAAGGUGGCUCCCACAAUCAGUGGAACAAGCCCAAUAAGCCAAAAACCAAUAUGAAGCACAUGGCAGGGGCUGCCGCAGCUGGAGCAGUAGUGGGGGGCCUUGGGGGAUACAUGCUAGGGAGUGCCAUGAGCAGGCCUCCCAUGCAUUUUGGUAACGACUACGAGGACCGCUACUACCGUGAAAACAUGAACCGUUACCCCAACCAAGUAUACUACCGACCCGUGGAUCAGUACAACAACCAGAACAACUUCGUGCACGACUGUAUCAACAUCACCGUCAAGCAGCACACGACCACCACCACCACCAAAGGGGAGAACUUCACUGAGACCGACAUAAAGAUCAUGGAGCGCGUGGUCGAGCAAAUGUGCAUUACCCAGUACGAGAAAGCAUCCCUGGAAUACCAUAGAGGAUCUAGUGUGGUCCUCUUCUCCUCCCCUCCUGUCAUCCUCCUCAUCUCCUUCCUCAUUUUCCUUAUAGUGGGAUGA